AUGACAAGAACUGGCAUAAUCUUGGCCUUUGCUCAGAGUUUAAACAUUCAUCUGGGCAACACAAUAACAAUUGGCCUUUUGGGUGCAGCUGUUCUUUUUUUUCUGAUAUCCAUGAUAAUUCUUGGAUGGCAGAUCUAUCUUUACUACGAACAUGAAAAUGCAAAGAAAACAAGAGUUACAAAGAUUGAACCCAAGAAACAAUAUACAGAAGGAAGCAACUUGUCAUCGCAAAAUAACUAUUCAGACUUUCUGAGCUCGUCAGAUAAAGACAAGUAUUCAGAUAUGAAAAUACACAAUUACAAGAUGUACAGACCCCAGGAGAGUCUACAAAAGCUGAAUCUUUCUGAACAAUGUUGUGAUCGUGUUGGCCUUAAGCUGAUACAAUCAAACGAAGACCUUGUUGCUGAAUCAAAGGAUGAACUUACAGGAAAAUUGAAAUUUUCUCUAUCAUACGAUAAAAAACAAUCAAAGCUACAACUGACAGUUUUGCAAGCAUCUAAUCUUCCUGCUCGACAUGCCAAACAGAGUGUCGACUCUUUCCUUCGGAUAAAGCUAUUUAUUAGUUUACCUCGAUACCAAUGUAUUCUUCACCAAUGGGACACAAAGAUUGUGAAGAACACCAGAAAUCCCUGUUUUGGAGAACGCUUUACCUGUUCUGUGGAGAGCAAUAUCCGCAAGAAGGCUAAUUUAAAACUUGAGGUCUUGGAUUUUGACAAAUAUUCACGAUUUGAUGCUUUUGGGGAAGUACGGAUAUCAUUCAGCAACUUAAAUUUAUCAAAUGCAACAGAAUUCUGUGAGGACUUACAGAAGAUCCAAAAGGAUGUCAUUGGAGAAAUAUUUGUAUCUCUUAAAUACCUUCCAACAGCCCAGAAAUUGGAAGUUACACCACUGAAGGUGAAAGUUGGUUGCCUGAGCAACAGUCCAGAUACAGCCAGUGAAGUACUGAUGAAGUGUGACCACUGGGUAAUGGAGGAGGACAAUCACAAGGAUUUGAGGACUAGGUUUAUGCAUCAAGAUAUUUACAUAAGAGUAGAUUUCUACAUCAAUCAACACAAGAUGAGGCACCAGAAAACACCAGCAAAUCCAAAGUCUGAAAUAACAGUGUUCAAUCAGGUCAUAUUUUUCACUGUAUCAGAGUAUGUUAUAAAUCAGUCCACGAUUAUAACUUCUGUGUAUGAAGUUUCACUCGCCAAAGUCAGCACAAGGCAGCUUUUAGGUCGUGCAUACAUAGGGAGGGAAACAUCCAAAGAGGGUGAUCACUGGCUGUCCAUGCUGCAGUCCUUGCGACAACCUGUGUCAGAAUGGCAUCCACUGUUAAUCUAA